GCAUAUAAUAUUCUGCAACACUUCCUCAGAGAGGAGAGGAGACGAGCAAAAUUAUCUGUGCUCGUAUAGAGGUCUGAGGGAGCUGAUGGAGAUGGGUGGAUUUUUGUUCUAUGUUUUUAUCUUUCUCCUUACAACUCUACUCUCAUAUAUAUUUCUAGGAGGGGACAAGAAAGAACGUCCCCAAACAAGAGCUAAGCUUCCGCCAGGUUCAAUGGGCUGGCCAUACAUGGGAGAGACUCUUCAACUGUAUUCUCAAGAUCCCAAUGUUUUUUUUGCAGACAAACAGAAAAGGUAUGGAGAAAUCUUCAAGACCCAUAUUCUUGGCUGCCCUUGUGUCAUGCUGGCUAGCCCCGAGGCUGCUCGGUUUGUGCUGGUGACAGAGGCUAACUUGUUCAAACCCACCUACCCGAAAAGCAAAGAGCGACUGAUUGGCCCUGCAGCGCUCUUUUUCCACCAAGGGGACAACCAUAUUCGUCUGAGGAAGUUGGUCCAAGGAUCGUUGUCUCUCGACGCACUUCGGAACUUAAUGCAGGGUAUCCAAGCCAUUACAGCCUCUACCUUAGACUCGUGGGGAGGCGGCCAUGUCAUUAACACUUUCCAUGAAAUGAAAAAGUUUUCUUUUGAGGUUGGAAUACUUGCAAUUUUCGGCCAUCUGGACUCCCAUUAUAGAGAUGAACUGAAGAAGAAUUACUGUUUAGUAGACAAAGGCUACAAUUCCUUUCCUAUAAGUAUUCCUGGAACUCCCUACAAAAAGGCACUUCUGGCAAGAAAGAGGCUCACAAAUAUUCUUGCUGAUAUUAUAUGUGAGAGGAAGGAAAAGAAAUCUCUUGAGAAGGAUCUGUUGGGAUGUCUUCUGAACUCAAAAAAUGAAAAGGGAGAGAUCUUAACUGAUGAUCAAAUCGCUGACAAUGUCAUUGGAGUGCUAUUUGCUGCUCAAGACACUACAGCAAGUGUCAUGGCAUGGAUUGUGAAGUAUCUCCAUGAUAACCCGAAACUUCUAGAGGCUGUAAAGGCUGAACAGAAUGCUAUUCGUAAAGCUAACGAUGAAGGUAAUCGGCCUUUGAGUUGGAGCCAAACAAGAAAAAUGCCAGUAAGUUACAAGGUAGUGCUAGAAAGCUUGAGAAUUGCAAGCAUCAUAUCUUUCACCUUCAGAGAAGCAGUUGCUGAUGUGGAAUACAAGGGGUACAUAAUUCCGAAAGGUUGGAAAGUGAUGCCUUUGUUCAGGAACAUUCACCACAAUUCAGAGUUUUUCUCUGAUCCUCAAAGAUUUGAUCCUUCGAGGUUUGAGGUUGCCCCAAAACCCAAUACAUUCAUGCCCUUUGGCAGCGGAGUUCAUGCCUGUCCGGGAAAUGAGCUUGCAAAGCUGGAGAUGCUGACUAUGAUCCACCAUUUGGUCACCAAAUUCAGGUGGGAAGUGGUGGAAUCCCAUAGUGGGAUUCAGUACAGCCCAUUCCCAGUGCCUUUGCAUGGACCCCCAGCCAGAUUUUGGAAAGAAUCUAUGGAAUAGAAAGCAGCAUGCAUGAGUUGGAAUUAUUAUGACCCAGAUGCCAUUUCCCUUUCCAAAUUCCUAAUUCUAAGUUUUUUUUUCUUUUUCUUUUUUUUUUUAAAUUAUUAUCUCUAGCACAUCCCCCACAAACUCGUGGUGAUGCUAAUUAAGAACCUUUAUUUUUCCUUAAUUUUUGUUUUGUACUCAUUGUCAUUAAGGAAAGUUUUAGGAUUUGUUUGAGAACACAACUGUUCUCAAAUAUUUUAAGAUUA